GUUGAAAAAUAAAGCCUGAUUUACAUGCAUACCGAGACUUGCUUGGCAAGCGUCAGGGAUCAAGCUAUGCGGUAAAAUGGGAUAGCAAAAUCGCUUGCUCCCUCUAACGCAUAACUACGUCCCUGACGCUUGCCGGCACGCAUGUAAGCAGGCUUAAAACAUUUGUAUUUGUCUAUGGUUUCAUAACUUUGAAGUUAUCUGUGGUUAAAACUGUCAAUUGAAAAACAAUAGCAAAGCAAUUCAAAUUCCAACGGUGAAUAACAAGAUUUUAAAGAGUGGAUUGUUGUUAGGAUGUUAUAAAUUGUUUGUUUAGUUUUAUCUUUGUAAUAAUUAAGAAGGGAAACUCGUUUCCAUGUAAAGUUAGUGUUAAAGUGUAUUAAUGUUAAAAUAUAAAUUAAAAUUGUGUCCACCAUGAUUCUAAAAUGGAAAACUAUUCUCACAAAUUGGAUUAACUGUUACACAAAUGAAAACGAAAAAAAACAGCAAAAUAUAACUCCUGAAAAUCUACUCAACAUAUUCACACACAUACACGAAAGUAUCAGAUUAGAUGAUUCAAAGUCUUCCAAGUUCGAAGCAAAUACAAUCCAAGAUUUUAUUGUUGAAAAAUAUCCGGGAUUCAAAUUUGAAAAUGGCACUCUGGAGGCCACAUGCGAGGAAGAAAUUUACAUAGUAGCUUCCCUAUUGUUAUAUUUUAUCUGUGUGAACUCUAAAAAUGCUGAUAUUAAAAGGGCCAUGUGUAGCAAGCUUAGUGCUGGAGACCAGGAGAUCAUAAUGAAAUUUAGCAAGUGCCUAAUGGAUUGUUCUCCAAUUUUGUAUGCAGAUGUUGAGACAGCUAUUACAGAGGCGUGCGGGCCAGAUGCUUCAGCCAAGGUGGCAGAGACGCCACCCGCACUUCGUUCUCUGCACAGCGAAGUGCGAAGACUCCAGGCCGCAUUAGACGCUGAGCGUUUCGACCGUAAUUACUUGCAAGAGGAGCUAUCUAGGACUAACUUGAAGUUGGAGAAACUUACAAAAAUAAAAGAGCAAUACAAGCUCGACAUAGUGAACCUCAAAGCAAGGAUAUCGCUAUGCUGCGGCGAGAAGCGAGAGUCCCACAGGGAAGCCCGAGCAGAUGAAUUCAUAGCGCGACUGCAGCGGCAGCUACAGGACUUAGAGACGCGAUUGGAAGACACCCUUAGCCAGUUGGAGGAUGUUCAGCAAGAACGGGAUACUUAUAAACAGAAGGUUACUGACUUAAAGCAAGAACGGGACAAAUGGCUGUUUCUCAGCCAGCAAGAAGCUGACAAGGCCGGUCAGCUGGCCGACCAGUUGGACGCCGAACGUCGCACCGUAGCGACUCUGAGGGACCUAGUCUCCGAGCUGAGGCAACAUAAUCGCAAUAAUGGAUUGGACUCUAGUAUGCUGGAGUGUGAUGACCCUGAUACUAGUAUACAGUCGCUUAGUAAUUUAUCUGUGUGUAAUGAAGUUUGUGCGAAUGUAAUUGAGGUGCAGCUAGGGGAAGAAAGGGCGAAGAUUGAAGUUUUGAAGCAUCAAAUUCAGAGUUUGCAGGAGCAACUCACCAAAGCCAAUCAGAACUUUGAAUCAGAAAAGAUGGCUCUUGAGGCUGUUUUAACUGAAAAAGACGGAAAUAUUAAUAAUCUAAAACAACGGGUCAAUGAAGAGAUCGAGGAAAAAAAUAAUUUGAAGCGUAAAAGCGAACGAGAAAUUGACCAAUUAAACAAACAGUUAUUAGAUAUGUCACAACAAAUAAAAUACCUAGAAGAAAAUUCACAACAAGAACUAGAACAGAAAGUUCAAGAAUUACACUUAUUGCAGGAGCAAUUUGCAAAUGAAACUGAAAGAUUAGACAAAGAGAUUAAAAGCCUUCAGAAAGAUAUUGAAAAACAAAAUAAAUUGAAAAAGCAAUGUGAUGAAGAAAUCUUACAAUUAAACAAUAGAAUAGUUGAUAUCUUGCAGACAUUAAACGAUGUAGAGAAAAGCUCAAAACAUGUAUUGGCAGAAAAAGAACAAGAAAUAAGUAUUCUGCAACAGACAUUCACAGAAGAAACCGAGAAAGCUAGUAAUACCAUUACAAAUCUUCAAGCAGAGAUGGAAGAACAAAAAUGUUUGAAAACACAAUUCGAACAAGAUAUUGUUGUACUGAACAAUAUAAUAGUUGAAAUUUCGCAGAAUUUAAAGGAUACAGAGGAAAAAUCAAAACGUCAACUAGAAGAAAAAGAACAAGUUAUACAUACACUUAAGCAGCAACUGUCAGAUGAGACGCAGAAAUCCAGUAAUUUAAUCAAAAAACUCCAAACAGAGUUACAAGAACAAAUAAACUUAAAAACACGCUGCGAGGAAGAUAUCGUAGAAUUAAAUAGUAAAAUUGUUAAUAUGUCACAGAAAAUAAAGGACGUAGAAGAAAAUUCAAAACAUCUACUAGAAGAAAAGAAAGAAGCAAUCCAAACAAUGCAGCAGAAAUUAUCAGACGAGACGCAUAAAACGAGUAACCUGAUCAAAAACCUCCAAGAACAGUUAAAGGAGCAAAAUAUCUUAAAAACUCAAUGUGAGGAAGAAAUUGUAAUGUUGAACAAUGAAAUAAUUGAAAUGAAACAGACAAUAAACACGGCAGAAGUAAACUCGAAGCACCUACUAGAGGAAAAGGAACAAGCAAUUCAUACACUACAGCAGCAUUAUUUUGAAGAGGCGGAGAAAUCUAAUAACUUGGUUACGGAACUCCAGGAAGAGGUGAAAGAACAAAUUAACUUAAAAACACGCUGCGAGGAAGAUAUCGUAGAAUUGAAUAGUAAAAUUGUUGAUAUGACACAGAAAAUAAAGGAGUUGGAAGAAAAUUCAAAUCAUUUACUAGAAGAAAAGAAAGAAGCAAUGCAAAUAAUACAGCAGAAAUUAUCAGAUGAGACGCAGAAAUCGAGUAACCUGAUCAAAGAUCUCCAAGAACAGUUAAAGGAGGAAAAUAUCUUAAAAACACAAUGUGAGCAAGAAAUUGUAAUGUUGAACAAUGAAAUAAUUGAAAUGAAACAAACAAUAAACACGGCAGAAGAAAAGUUGAAGCACCUACUGGAAGAAAACGAACAAGCAAUUUAUACACUUAAGCAGCAAUAUUUAGAGGAGUCGGAGAAAUCUAAUAACUUGGUUACGGAACUCCAGGAAGAGUUGAAAGGACAAAUUAACUUAAAAACACGCUACGAGCAAGAUAUCGUUGAAUUAAACCGAAAGAUAGUGGAUAUGUCAGAACAAUCAAAAACUAUAGAAGAAAAUUCUAAACAAACACUAGAAACAAAGGAACAAGUUAUCCUGGAAUUGCAACAGUUAUAUUCUAAUGAGAAGGAAAAAUAUCUUGAACUUCAAGAAGAGCUAAGGGAGCAAAAGAGCUUGAAAUUCCGCAGCGAGCAAGAAAUCGUAGGACUAAACAAUAAAAUAGUUGAGAUUUCGCAAACAAUGAGGAAUAUUGAGGAAAGUUUAAAACUUGUGAUAGAAGAAAAAGAACAAGAAAUUAAGUUGUUGCAGCAGCAAUAUGCGAUUGAAACUGAGAAAACUAAUGACUUGAUUACAGAACUUCAAGAGGAGCUAAGAGAACAAAAUAACUUAAAAACUCAAUGUGAACAAGAUACUGUUGAACUAAAUAUUAGGAUAGUAGAAAUGACACAAACAAUAAAAAAUCUAGAGGAAAGAUCAAAACAAACGCUUAAUACAAAAGAACAAGAAAUGCAAUCUAUUCAACAACAAUUUGAGGAGGAAAUAAAAAAAAUACAAAUAAAGAACAAAAUUCUUCAAAUCGAGAUUUUGGAAGCAAACAACAAUAAAAAAGCUUGCGACCAAGACAUCGCCUUUUUAAACUAUAAAAUAAAUGAAUUAUCAGAAUCUGUGAAAGAGAAAGAAGAGAGUUCAAAAUUAGCCCUUGAAGAAAAAGAACAAGAAAAAUAUACACUGCAACAGAAACUUGCAGAACAAACGGAUCAAUCGGAAAUCAUAAUUAAAAACCUUAAUAAAGAACUCGAAGCUGAAAAACAAGCCCAGUUAAGUUUAAAAGAACAAUUUCAAACGCAAUUGCAAGAAAAGGAUACCUUUGUUGAGAAACUGGACCAAGAAGUAAAACACUUAACUGCGUGCGUAUCAAGCCUUGAAGAAAGAUGUCAAAAGAUUAUUGAAGACAACAGCAAAGAGGUUCAGUCGCUUAAUCAGGAAAUCGGCAGGUUAAAUAAUGAGGCAGUGGAAAAGUCACAAGCAAUUAACGAUUUAGAAGAAAAUUCAAGACUAACGCUACAAGAAAUACAGACCCAGUAUCAGCAAUUUUCAGCUGAGCGAGAUAAAUCAGAAAAUAUCAUUAAGAAUCUCAAAAUAGAGCUGGAUGCUGAAAAAUAUGCACAGUUAAAGCUGAAAGAAGAUUUCGAUAAUCGCAUAAUGAAACUAAAUGAAAAAGUCUUGAACCGGAAUAACGAGUUAGUAGAACUACAAAACAAUAUUAUUCAGAAGAGUGAAUUGAUCGAAGUGAUACAGUCAGAUUUAAGACGGGAAAAGGAAUUGAGGGAUGAACUAUCCAAUACAUGCAAUCAUCAACUGUCCUCAAUGAAUGAACAUAAAAAAUCCAUUGAAACUGAUCUGCAGCAAAAGUUGUAUGAGAUUCAAGAGUUAAAAAAACAAAUCCUGGAAAAGGAUGGAUUAACAGAGAAAUUAAACAAGGAAAAAGAAAAUUUAAGCACUUUGAUCUCAAACCUGGAAGAAAAAUGUAGACAUCGUGAUGGUAUAAUAAAAGAAAAACAGAAAGAAAUUGAAUUUCUUAACGACGUCUAUCAGAAAGAGCAAGAAAAACUCAGUCAUAAAAUUGAUGAGCGUAAUGCAUCUAUAAAAUCCUUGCAAAUGCAAUUGCAAAAUGAAAUCGAGUACAAAAUAAAACUGCUGGACGAAGUCUCUGAGCUAAAGUCAUCAAAGCUAUCGUUAACUGAGGAGCUCAAUGCAGCAAAGAUUCUGAUGAAAGAUUAUGAAGAAAAGACACUAGAAUGGGAGGAACAGAAAAAUGAGAUGAAAGAACAAAUACAUUCUGUUAGUAAAAAGGUAGAAAAACUUGAAGAAGAGAAGUCUAUGUUGGUAAAGGAAAUUGAAGUUAUUAAGGAGAUUCAAACUGGCGAGGCAAAAGUUCUUGAAGAAAAAAUAAUAAUAUUGGAGAAACAGAAGAUAGAAAUGGACAACAAAAUUCAGGUGAAUAUUGUAGAGGUAAAGAAACUUGAAGAUGAGAAAAUAUUUUUAUUAAACGAGGUAGACGCACUUAAAGCGGCUCUAAUGAAGGAAACAAAAAAUCAUGAAGAAAAUACAAUUAUGUGGGAAAAACAGAAAAUUGAAUUAGAUGAACAGGUGCAGGCUUAUAUUAUCAAAACGGAAAAUGCUGAAGAUGAAAAAACUAAAUUGACGAAUGAAAUUGAAAAGCUUAAAGAAAUACAGGGUGGAGAGGCGGAGAGGCAUGAAGAAAGGACAAUUAUGUGGGAAAAACUGAAAAUUGAAUUGGAAGAACAGGUGCAAGCUAAAGUUCUAAUCGUGGAAAAGCUUGAAGGCGAAAAAAGUAAAUUAUUAGCUGUAAAUGAAAAGCUUAAAGAAACACAUAUGGGUGAGUCUAAAAAUCAUGAAGAAAAAAUGCUCGUGUUGGAAAAACAGACUAAUGAAUUGAAAGCACAAAUUCAGGCCAACAGUCUUACUAUCGACAAACUCGAAGAUGAGAAAGCGUCACUAAUAAAUGAGGUUCAACUAAUGAAGGCGGCUCAAAUGGGAGAGAUUAGAAAUCAUGAAGAGAAGACAGUUACAUGGGAGAAAGAGAAGACGGACUUAAAUGAGAAAAUUCAAACCAAUGUUGUAAAGGUCGAACAGCUAGAAAAUGAAAAAGCUAUGUUGUUGAAGGAAAUGGAAGAUUUUCAGGAAGAGAGAAAGUCUCGUGAAGAAAUUACACUCAAUAUUAAUAAACUUGAACAAGAAAAGGUGUUAUUGUUAAAGGAGGUAGAAGACCUGAAAACAGUUCAAAGUGAAGCCGCAAAUAAUUAUGAAGAUAAUAAGCUGACCUGGGAGAAACAGAAGAUGGAAUUAGAUGAACAAAUACAAGCAUUGAUCGUAAAGGUUGAGCACCUUGAAGAUGAGAAAGCGAUGUUGUUAAAGGAAAUGGAAGCAUUGAAGACUCUACAAAAAAAUGAGGCGCAGAAACAUAAAGAUAACACACUGACAUUGGAGAAACAAACUAAUGAAUUGAAGGUCCAAAUACAAGAGAACAAUGUUAAAAUUGAGAAACUUGAUGAUGAAAAAACUGCAUUGUUGAAGGAGCUUGAACUAGUUAAAGUUACGCAAAGUGAUGAGGCCAAGGUUUAUGAAGAAAAUAUGCUUAUAUUGAACAAACUGAUGAACGAUAUGAAGGAGCAAAUACAGGAUAGUGUUCUGAAUGCAGAAAAAUUGCAAGAGGAAAAAGAAAUGUUAUUAAAGGAGAUGGAAACACUGAAGACCGUUGGAAGUGGAGAAAUCAAAGACCGCGAAGAAAGAGCACUAUUGUGGGUGAAGGAGAAAUCUGAAUUGAACGAGAAAUUGCGGGAAAAUAUUCUAAGGGUUAAAAAGCUUGAAGAAGAAAAGGCUACGAUGACCAAGAAGAUAGAGGAACUGAUAGGGACACAAACAUACGCAUGCUUUAAAAAGGAACACGAAGAAAAAAUACAAACUUUGGAAAAACAAGAAACAGAACUGAAGGAACAAAUGAAGGCUGAUGCUCUAAAGGUUGAAAUGCUUGAACAAGAGAAAACAAUGCUUUUCAAGGAGCUUGAAGCCCUAAAGGCAGCUCAAAAGGAGAUGCUGGCCGCAGCAUCACAAGAAAAAAUAACUGUAACUAAAUAUAGCAGCUGGGAAAAGGAAAUCCAAGGCAUGCAUCAGGUAGAUACCACAACAUCUGAUCUUGCUCACUCUUCCAUGGAAAGUCUCAAAACCAUAUCAGACUUAGAAAAGAUAAUUCAGGACAAGAAUCGAAAAAUAACCUCCAUGCAGAUAGAAAUCUCUUACAUCAAAUCCAUGAUGGCCGAGUCCGGGCUCAAGCUAAUUGAUAUCACUAAAGAGUUAGAGGUCAGUAAGGACACUUGUCAAGAACUGUCCUCGCAGCUGAAGAAAAUAGUUCAUCAGAAGAAUGAAGAGAUCACCGAGUUGAAGCGGCAAGUUGCGAAAAUGAGCGCUACUGAAAACCGCGCCAGUCAAAUCAUCAAACUAUCAGCGAAAUACCAAGCCAUGAUACUGAAAAGGAUUGUAGAAAUUAAGUCAAGCGCAGUAUUAAAGGAAUUAACCAAUUUCGGUAACCAGAACUCCAACGGCGACGAACUUCGGCGAAGCAUCGGCUCCGUAACAAUGGAGGAUUUAGAAAAUUUCCUCGAAACUACUGAUAGACAUCUGAAACGAUGUUCAGAGAAGCAGAUGGCGCUGCAAAAAGACCGAGACCGUCUGUCAGAAGUUAAUAGAAUAAAUGAAUCGGAAAUAAUUAACAUGAAGAAGUUUCUAACGGAGAUGUCCGUUAGUUUCAGAACGUUUACUACAGUGAAGGAAGUUUAUAAUCAGAAGUUGUCUAAGAUUGUGUCUCUACAGAGGACAGUAAGACGGGAUAUAUUAAGUUUAGAUGGGCGAAUAACGGAAGCUACUAUGUGUAAAUUAGAACGCGGAUACGCCGCGGUGAUGCAGGAUCUUUCAGAGUGUGCAAUGAAUUUGGAGCGCUGGGUCGACCGUAGCGUCAGCAGAAUGCUGUCUGCGGAGAAAAUAAAGCAAGCAUUUACUAGCGACUUAGAACAGGCCUCGCUUUCCACCAAUAACUAUCAGAAUGCAGCCGUGGAAGUGCAGUUGAGUGAGUUAGAAAACUCCUUCCAAAAGCUUCUGAUAGAAAUUGGCAGAGCGCAGAAAGGAGAGGGCGCAAGGAGCGCCCAAGAGGUCACCAUAAUGGAAGUCCGCGCCGAAUACGAGGACAAACUCAACAGAAUGAAGGCUAAAAUGAAAGAGCUGUUCCAUGAAGAGAUGGGUAGACUGAAGCAGAAGCAAGCGGACGAAAUAGCGAUAUUGGAGAGAGAAUUAGUGAAAUGUAAAGAGAAAAUGGCAGAGUCGAGUAAAGCGUAUGAGGAGCAUAUUCGGGCGUUGACAACGGAAUUGUGGAGUGUGGGAGAGAAGUUUUUGGUGAAGCAGGAGGAAGCUGAUUGGCUGAGGAAGAAGCAAUCGGGAUCGCUUAUGUCGUUGCAGCAUGUGCAUUCGUCCGGACUACAUAGCCAUGGGCAUGGUCAAGAAAUGUUUGGACGACCAUCAGAUACACAUUCUCUGAGAUCUCUUCCUGUACACAAUAAGAAAACAGAGGCCCGCGGCCUGCACAUGUCGGACGAGGAAGGCGAGGUGUUCGACAACCGCUUCCUGAAGGAGCUGGCGGGCACGCCGCGCGCCUCGCUGGCGGGCCGGCGCCUGUCCGAGCUGCAGCGCCGCAACUCGCUCGUGCCGCCGCACCUCAAGAGCUCCUACCCCGCCGAGAUGCAGUUCGCGCCCGCGCUCGACGAGGAGGAUAUUAAGUGUGCCAGUACAAGCUUCUCCCUGGGCCGACAGCAAAGAAAGGAGGUGGGCAUCACCGCGUACAAGAAGCCCGGCCCGCCCACGCCCAGCAAGCAGGCCGGCCGCCUCUCCGCCACGGAUUGUGAGCUCCGCGAGUCCCUGCGAGUGGAGGCGGACCCGGGCCGCAAGACGAGCACGCCGUCGCGGAUCCGCUCGCUGUUCCGGUCCAACAGAAACGAUACUGAUGUGGUGACGCCUCGCAGUCGAAGAUUUAGUAAUAUUUUCAGAAAGAAAUGAUUACUUACUGUGAUUUGUGUUUUUAUAACCAGUGCCUAUUAAUGUUGGUGAUUAAUAUAAUGUCGGUUAUUAAUAAUUAUAUGAUUAUAAUGCAAUUUUAUUAAAUUAUUGACAUUUCUAA